AACCUGAGACCUUUCCACACUGAUCAGACAGUUCUGGAGAGAACACCCCCCGCCCCCCAGCUCCCGCCGCAAGAAAACAAACCAGGGGUUUUGUUGUGGAUUCGAUCGAGCCUGGAAAAGGAGCCCGUUGUAAACACGGCUAGCUGCGCUCAUGUUCUCUCAGGAGCGACAUUCACUAGAAGCGAUGCCCUCUCUGUGAAUGCACCUGCUGGUCAGAGCCAGGGCUUUUCCUGGUGGCGGUGGGGAGAAAAGUCCCAGACGCGUGCAAACCCCGUCUUUUAGGAAUUUCCCAGCAUUAGAGGAGGGCAGACGAUAUGGUUCCUGCUAUCCAGCACAGUGUUUUUCUGUACCUGGUGCUCUCCUGCCUUUACCCAUCCCAUGCAGCGCAGGGUUGCCUGAACAAACAGAAAGUCCUAACUGUCAUCCGACAAAUGCAACAGUUCUUAAAAGGACAAGAAACACAUUUUACUGAUGGAAUUCGAACCAUGAAAGCCAAGCUUUCAGCCUUACAGAUCUCUGUGACCAAACUGACAGCAGACCAACCCUCAGCAACGUGGUGUCCAUCGCUGGAGGCUCCUAAACAUGGCAAGAAGUUUGGCUCCAGGUACAGCGCAGACCAUGAGGUGCACUUUGUCUGUCAGCCUGGCUACCAGCUCAUCGGCUCCAGUACCAGAGUUUGUCAGCCGAAUGGGCGCUGGACGGGAGUGAAUGCUAGCUGCACAGAAAUUAACGAAUGCGCCAGUAAUCCCUGUCAGAACGGAGGGCUCUGUGUGGAUGCUGUGAAUCAAUAUACAUGUACUUGCAUAAACAGCUGGAUGGGGCGCCACUGUCAGUAUCUGGGACAGACAGAAUGGAGUGACCUGUCCUUCAAUCGGAAACCCCGCUGUGCAGAGGUGGAGAGGACCCAACGCUGCAGUUGUGAUGCUGGCUUCCAUAUGAGUGGGAGCAGCGAGAACAGUGUGUGCCAAGAUGUGAAUGAGUGCGAGGUUUUCCAACUGGAAGGGAUUGCCAGACUCUGCAUGUACAACUGCGUUAACAUCCCUGGGUCCUACCGCUGUACCUGUCCUCCUGCAUACAAACUUCUCAAUGAUGGAAGGAGCUGUGCUGAUGUAGAUGAGUGUGCAACAUUGCAACACAACUGCACAGCAGGAGAGACUUGUAUCAACACAGGAGGAGGAUUUCAGUGUGUUAACCCACAGUGCCCGGAGCCACGUGGGAAUAUCAGCUAUGUCAAAACAUCACCCUUUCAGUGUGAACGUCACCCGUGCCCUAUGAAUAGCAAAUCCUGCCAUCAUGUGGCAAAGACCAUCUCCUUCCAUUAUCUGUCAUUACCCUCAAAACUGAAAACUCCAGUCACCCUAUUCCGUAUGGCUACAGCAGCUGCUCCUGGAAGGCCUGGGCCCGACAAUCUGCGUUUCGGCAUCGUAGGAAAGAACAACCAAGGGCAGUUUGUAGUCCAGCGAUCUGAUAGACAAACUGGUGAGCUCAUACUUGUUCAGCCUUUGAAAGGCCCUUGCACUGUAGAAGUGGAUGUGGACAUGUCUGAAUACCGUGACCGCACUUUCCAGGCCAAGCAUGUGUCAAAGGUCACACUUUUCAUUUCAGCCAAUGGAUUUUGAGAAAAUAUUCAGGGACCCUGAAUCUUCAGCUCAAGGGAUUUGUUUGAAUUGUGACUUUUAUUAUGGGAGUUUAUGGAUCAGAGAAAGCUAUUUUAUCUGAGUCCAAAUGCCACAAUAUAAUGAUCAGAACAUGUUACAUUGUCAGUUACUCUUCAAUUGUAUAUUCACAGUUGCGUUAGGCUCAGCUGGAGUCUUCGAGACUGUACUGAACUCUGUCAUUGUACAUGGCCCAAAUCUUUUGGUAUUUGUGUAGCUGUCCCUGUUUGCCCUACCAUUUGCCAGUGCUUGUGUGUCAUCAUCUCUGAUUUUUUCCCCAUUUUACUAUAGAUCUCCUGUUUCCUAUUCACUGUUAAAUGUUCUAUCUCCCGUGCAAUCUCCAUCAAUUAAUUAGAAUAUUUCCUGACAGGAAAUGGGGACAUCAGACUCGACAUUGUUUGCAACAACCAAUCACUGAAGAAAACCAAAUCCUAGCCUCCUAUUUACUCGAUAUUUAAGUGGGAAUAUGAUAUUGAGAUAGAGGAUCAGCCAUAAUCAUAUUGAAUGGUGGAGCAGGCUGGAAGGGUCAAAAUGGACUACACCUGCUUCUAGUUUCAAUGUUUACUCCUAUCCCUUAUAGGCAGCACCGAUAAAUUGAAUUCUCAUUAGUGUUGGGCUGUCUGGUACAAACAAGUUAAUGUAUUAUUGUGUACUCUAAAACACAGUGCAGUGUUUAAUCUACAUCAGGCACAUAGCAAAAGCAGUGAGGUACAAUGAGAAAUAUCAUCAUGACUUCCCAACAAAGUGUGUUCUUUGCCUUGAUGCACAUAGAAAAUUGACCCUUUGACCAUCAUGAAAUUGCCUGAAUUUGUUAGAACAGUAUAACAACAUACAUGAUCCGAUGCUGUUAGUUUAUUUUUGCCAUGUCUUCAGGAGCAGACGCCUGGUAAAAGUUAUCAAUGGGUUUAUAGAUAUGCACCGGAAGUUCUAAGAUGGUUUCUUGUGGAAACUCUUUAUUCCAGGCAUUGUUUUACUGAUUGUUCUAAUAAAAAUAUUUCACACUGCA